AUGACAGUUUUGGUACAGACUAUUUACCUUCAUCAAAUUGAUGACAUCAAUAAUGCUAGCCUCGAAUUCCAGGAGAAGUCUGUCACUUUCUCUCGUGAAGUCUCGAUUCUCGACGGUCUCAAUGAGAAAGGACUCGCAAUGAAAUGCCAAUGGGAUGAACUGUGCCAAGCUGCUCGUGAAGUCGCACUCGAUCUUGAGGUGAACGUGGAUUUGGACACAGCUUACUAUCGGCACCACAGGAGACUUAGGAACGACGACGGAGUUGACACCACCAGUGGUGGUCCGGAAAAGCUCGAGACUCGUGGUGGCCCACCACCAUCAGUAGCGGUCUACAAUGGGCGAUCGGAUCACCCAUUGUAG